AUGGAUGUGACAAAGGAUUUGCGUCCAAAUAUGGCCUAUUCGGACAGGAGGGUCGUUGUAGCACCAGGCAAGAGUGCAACCGUGCAGAUACGCGGAAGCUUCCGUGAUGGAGCUUGCGUAUUCUGGUCUAAAAGCCCACGCAUCGAGUCAGAAUCGUGGGUGAUAGGUCAAGGAGAGGAUCUGGAAACAUGGUCAGCAGAAACUUGGAUUGAUCCGAGGAUAGUGGAUGUCCCAAGUGCUGAAAGGACCCAUGCUCUAGUAGACAUUUUGAAUAAGAACCGAAAGGCCGGGGUUAUACCUGAUGAACUGCGUAGUGUGAUCGAAGAGUACAGCGAUGUAUUCGCUGUUUCGGACAAAGAAUUAACGCAAACGAAUCUCGUGACCCAUGACAUUGAUGUAGAGAUAGUUACGGAGGUAACAGUGGUAGGAGCCGGCAAGGCUAGCGUGCACCUACACGUGCAGCAAAGUAAGGACGACACAUUGCUAUUAGGUACGAAUGCCUUAAGCGAACUUGGCAUAUCCUUACGAUUGACCCCGUAUAAGGACAGGGAUGUGACAAAGGAUUUGCAUCCAAUUAUGGCCUACUCGGAUAGGAGGGUCGUUGUAGCACCAGGCAAGAUUGCAACCGUGCGGAUACGCGGAAGCUUCCGUGAUGGAGCUUGCGUAUUCUGGUCUAAAAGCCCACGCAUCGAGUCAGAAUCCUGGGUGAUAGGUCAAGGAGAGGAUCUGGGUACAUGGUCAGCAGAGACUUGGAUUGAUCCGAGGAUAGUGGAUGUCCCAAGUGACAUGAUGGUUCUACAGCAGCAUGCUGUGUUACAAGAUACUGAGAGGACCCAUGCCCUAGUAGACAUUUUAAAUAAGAACCGAAAGGCCGGGGUUAUACCUGAGGAACUGCGUAGGGUGAUCGAAGAGUACAGCGAUGUAUUCGCUCUCUCGGACAAAGAACUAACGCAAACGAAUCUCGUGACCCAUGACAUUGAUGUAGGUGGGCAUCCUCCAAUCCGACAGAAAACAAGGCCCGUCCCAUACGGUAUUCGUGCUGACUCCAUUGGUUUUGCAAUUUCUUUUUAUCGUGCUCACUGUAUUCAUAUGACACUUGCCACGGUCGCGGAUGCCCGAGGAGUAACGCAAGGGUACCUACCCCGGUCGAAAUCAGACCCAUAUAACCUGCCCAACAUGUAUGUUGACGCCGUCAAGUUCGCAAACGAGAAUCCGUGGACAGAAAUGAGUUGGAGGUUGGUGAAACCUCGUCGCAUGCUAAUUGUGCUGCCGGAGGGGUUCCAGGACGUACUCGACUGCUUCGAGUCACCUCUGAUGACUGCGAAACUGGCGAUCGAGCCAGACGAUAUACAGGCAGCCUGGUUUGAGGAAGUGGAAUGGUCAGCGAUCAUGUUGUUUUCUCCAGCACGUUACGUCGUAGCUUCACGUUGGAUGAAUGCGUGGUUC